AUGAACUCCACAUCCGGAUCGUCGACAAUACGUGAUUUGGUCACUCCGAAAAAUUGUAAUUGGGAUUUUGAGACUUUCAAUCAACUUGAAAAGAACACCUCGAAACAACCGACAUGCAAUUGUGUUGCCGAAGCAAUUCGACGCGUCACUGCUCUACGGAAAUUGGCCACCCAGCAAGAUGGAGAUGGAUUCACAAUGGUGCAGAACAAUGAGGUCAAAUGGGCAAAACUGUUCAUGGAGUUCAUAAUUGGAAAUGCUUACUGCCAGUCUACAAAGUGUCAAGCACAAUCGGAUGACAUGAUUUGGUACGUACAUCAGGCGAAACUCACCAACUCGUUUUAUAUCCAAGGGAAUCAGAAUCUGCUGCAAGUAUUCCGACGACAUAGUAAAAACCAACCGACGCCCUGUGAUGACAAUUAUAAUUGGGAGGAGACUGUCUGUCUUAACAUUAUCAUGCAGCAGAUUGACUUCUACGUGACAUGUGCGGUUUGUACAAAGACUGGACCUCAAAAUCUGCAAAUUAUUCGGAAAAAUUGUCAACGAGUGUUUCCUUCUCCAAGUCGUCGACGAAUGGAUAGUAAGGGAGAGAAUGAAGAAAUAACCUAUCCGAAACUUUAUUUUGCGAUUGACGGUUUUGAGGAGAUCUUCAAUGAUGUGAUAGUUCGUGACGGAGAGUGUGUUUGUGUUGAGUUAGUAGCCCGUGAUCGUCAAAAGACCCGAGAAUCAGUCGUUUUCCUUGGAUCCAUCCGAUAUGAGAUUUUGAAACAAGUCUAUGACACAAAGGCGUCUUCGACGUGGCAAUGGGCACAAAAGUUGAUGAAAUCUGGCGACCGGCGGCAAGAGUUUGUACGAAUGCGAGGGCCUCAAGGAAAAGGAUACGCGGAAAUGGCAGUGGCACGAGUACCCAAUUGCGGAUACGAAACGCCGCUCACCGAGAACCCCAUUGACUUUUCGGAGUUGGCAGGAGUCGAACAAUCGCUUGGCAAACGUCGAAUGUCCGAAACUAAUCUUGCAGGUGGAACCCGAAUGUUUCCUUCCCGUUCGAUAGCAACACCUUCUCAUUCAUCACGUGGGAGACGUUGGCAAAGUGAGGCGGACACGGUCAAUCAGUACCCAGAGGUUGAAGGAAGCAAUAUUGACGAUGAACUUGACGAAGGUCCAACCAACAAGUUGUGGUCGAUGAGAGGAUUUGCACAAGUUUGGCAUGGACUCCGAGAGAAGAAACGUGCUGAGUGCACUCCUCUGAACGCUUUCCUGACGUAUGUGACAUUGCCAUGGAACAGUAUUCUGAAUGAUUUGUUGAGUGAACGUCAAAAGCGUCCUAUCCUGACAUUCGAGUUCGAUGCACCCGCACAUAAUCAUGACUAG